CGUGCCCAAUCGGUUUUAUUGUGAAAAUCCUACCCGGAAGCUGUAUGCUCUCGCACUGUCUAGCUUGACUACGGUAGAUGCUUCACUCUCUCCAUUCAUUUCAUUCGCACACAGUCGCAUCCUAGCAGCGUGCCCUCCCCUCCUGUUUCACUCCGCCUGGAAAGAUGGCUGCUCCGGUGGUGGUGAGAAGCUCCGGCCCGGCGCUCUGCCCGAGCUUCGCGGAGGUCUGUUCGUUCCUGGAGCGAUACGGAGCGGCGCUGGAUCUGCCCGAGAUGACUUUCCCGCAGAUGGAGAGGUAUCUGCGGGACACAACGACAGUUCCUAAACCCCUUGUGGAGCUCCAUGUGAAGCUGCUCAGAAAACUGGGGAGGUCUGUGUCUACUGACCGCUGGGAAAAAUACCUGUCCAAGGUUUGCCAGGAGUUGAACAAUACCUGGGCAUGGGAGCUGGAACAGAAGGGCUACCAGGAAAUGUCCAUGGAGUGCAAGUCAAGCAUCCUCAAAUAUCUCUGCGAGUGUCAGUUUGAUGACAACCUAAAGUUCAAGAUGGCGGUUAAUGAGGAGGACCCAGAGAAGAUGCGUCUGCAGCCUAUAGGUCGGGACCGGCAGGGCCUGAUGUACUGGCUUCAGCUGGACCAGGAGCAGAACAUCCGGCUGUAUACGGAGGAGCAGGAUGAUCUGGAUGGAUCCACCUGGAAGUGCAUUGUCAGGACACGUAAUGACUUGGCUGAGGCUCUGGAGCUGCUGAAGGCCCAGGUUGAUCCAAGCCAGAAUCAGGACCGGGACCAGAACCAGGCUGGACCCAGGAGCGCCAGCCCCACAGAGAAAGAUGCAGGGGAUGCGUCCACUGGAAACACCAACCCCGAACCCUCCAAGACCACAGAGGAACACACUGAUAGUAAGAAGGUUGACCCUGUAAACGAAGAGAAACAAGUGGUAAAGCAGGAGCAGACACAAAAACAGCCUAUCAAACAGGAAAACGCUGAGGUGAAAGAAGAGAAGACGGACCACAAACCGCCUGUCUUUGAUAACCGCGUGAGCACAAUCACCACCAUCAUUAAAUCAGAAACCAAGGACUCUGAUGCCCCUAAAAACGCUGUGUCAGUUGUCAUGGCACCAAGUGCGAAUGUGACAAAACAGGAAAUGAACAAGGAAGAGGAAGCAGAGCGGGCAGUUGUCAGGAGCAACCAGCAGGCCAAGAUACCACUGAAGAAGAGGGAGCUUAAGCUUGCUGAGAGCUACCAAAGCAACCACCUCAACAACAGUAACAGCAGUAGUAUUAUUGUUUGUAACCCUUCAGUGAUCCAGACCAAGGACAGUCAUGGAAGAGAGGGGAAGUUACCUAACUCAUUAGCGCCCCCUGGUGGCCCAGGUGCCUCACAACAGCAGCAGCAACUAGUGGUCACUGCAUCGAGGCAAGAACUGACCAACGGGAGAGCGUCUCUCCUCUUGCCGCACAAAGACGGACAAAAUGGAGUCAUAGGGGUAAUAGGUCAAGUUGGCGUUGUAGGUCACGUAGGGGUCAUCCGCAGCCCAUCUGAGCGUCACAGAGCCCCCGGUGCUGAGCAGCAGCAGGAACAAAAUGGGCCGAGUUUAGACCACCGGGGCUCCAGAGCUGUGGAAGAAGAGAGGGAGGUGAGCCGGCAGUCAGUGCUGGUAAGGAAGGGACCUGUUGAAGGGGAGACGCCUGCAGCAGCCACCGUCCUUUCCCCUCAUGUGGCGAUGGAGGCUGAAACAGCCACAAAACAACCAUCAUCAUCCUUAAAGUCUGAUCAACUCCCAGAAGCUGUAGAGAGAAAAGUGGAUUCUGUUAGUGUUUCCUUGCUGUCUCAGUCUACAGAUGAACCCAAGAGACCGACGGCAGAAGACCAGGGUAAAAAAAUGACAGAGGAGCAGUUAGACAGGGGGACGAAAACUGGGCACAGAAGUCAUCAACAUAAAUAUGAUAACCUGGUUGAGAGGGAGGAGAGGACAAGAGAGGUGUCUGGACGCCCUGUGGCAGAAGAAGGAAGUAAAGAUGAACAUGAAAAGAAUAAAAGCACUUUAGAAAAGUUGGAGGCAGAAUCAGGGAGCACCAUUCCACCUCUAAAAGUAGAGCAGCAGGAUAAAAAGGACCACCAGGGAGAUGGGGUCAAUGGUGGGUUGGCAGCCCAGUUUAGGGUGAAGGACACAGGGCUUGAAUCAGAGGAGAGGCAGCGUCCCCUGGAGGAAGCCUCCUCUGAGCUCCAGAAAGAAGGAAUCAGGUUGAAGAUCAAGAUUCCUCCCCAUCGGAGAAACAAGUUAAGGGGAAAAGGGGGAAAGGAGGAGGAGGAGAAAGACAGGGAGCAAGAGGUGCAAGAGGAAGGGAGGCCGCUGAGGAGAUCUGCAAGGAUUUGCAGAUCAUCUGCUUUGCCAACCUGCAGGCCGAGCUCAAAGGUGGCUGAGAGCCAGAAAAAGAAACCACAAAAAAAACAGGCACUGCCUACUAGAACGAGGGAAGAGGAUGAGGAGGAGGAGGAGGAGGAGGAGGAGGAGGAGGAGGAGGAGGAGGAGGAGGAAGAAGAGGAAGAAGAUGAAGAGGAGCGGAGCUCAACUACAAAGAAAGACAGAAAAACAGAACCUGUUGGGCAAAUUAGGAAACAAAGGGGUAAACGGAGGCAUCGACGCCCCAGAUGGUCCAACAUUCGUUCGAAGAGACGCAAACUGAAUGAGGAAGGGGAGGUGGAGGACAGAGGGAGGAAACGAGGAGAUGAAGAGAGCGAAGGAGGAAGUGACUCAGAAGAAUCAUGUAAAUCAGAGGAGAUUCCCAGUGAGGAUGCCUGCAGUCACUGUGGCCUGCCCAACCACCCUGAACUGAUCCUGCUGUGUGACUCGUGUGAUAGUGGAUACCACACUGCCUGUCUGCGGCCGCCGCUCAUGUUGAUUCCAGAUGGAGAGUGGUUCUGUCCACCCUGCCAACAUAAGCUGCUGUGUGAGAAACUGGAGGAGCAGCUGCAGAAUCUGGACAGUGCUUUGAAGAAAAAAGAGAGAGCAGAGAGGAGGAGGGAGCGGCUGGUGUAUGUGGGAAUCAGUGUGGAGAACAUCAUUCCUGAGGGAGAUGAGGAGGAAGAGGAGAAGUCGGCAAAGAAGAAAGAUUCCAAAAAGAGCAAAAAUCUGGGGAGGAGAUCAACCAGAACCAGGAAGCACAUCAGCUACAGAUUUGAUGACUUUGACGAUGCCAUUGAUGAGGCUAUAGAGGAGGACAUCGGGGACCUCUGUGGUGGAGCAGGACAAGGCAAAGACAUCACCGCUAUCCUGUCAGAGGACGGGAAGGAGAGCCAGCGGCCAAUCAGAAGCCAGGCUCAUUCUGCCAGGAACAGGAAGAAGCGGAGACUGAACGACCUGGAGAGUGACAGCACGGCAGCAGAGAGUGAAGACGAGUUCAUGCUCAGCAACAGCUCAGAGGAUGAGGAUUUCGGUGCAUCAGGGGCAGAUGAUGAUGAGGAGGAAGAUGAAGAUGCGGCCAGCGAUGUGGGCAGCUUGGACAGCGGGACUCGCCCCAGACGGGCGGUGAGAGGGGUACCUAAACACCGACCCAGCAGGACCCAACGCAGGGGCAGGAAGCGACUGAGGCGGCGGCGGAGACGCUCCUCCGAGGAAGAGGAGGAAGACAGUGAUGAAGAAAUGGACUCGGAUCAGUUCAGCGACAUGACUGGCAGCGACACUGACAAAAAAAGGCGGGGUCUGAGGCGGGGCCAGCGCCAGCAGGUCAACUACCGCGAGACCUCUGAGUCGUCAGACAACUCCCGGACCUCCACCAACAGGGUCAAGGUUAAACCCCGAGGCAGACCACGCAAGGAGCAUCUCUCGAGCGACUACAGCGAUGUGUUGCCUUCUUCCAGAGACUCGGAUGAGGAGGACGAUUAUGAAGACGAAGAGGAAGAUGACCAGAGAAGGAGUGUGAAUAAGAGGAGAAGAGAGGAGGAAGACCUCCGGAGAAAUAGGACGAGAGAAAAGCGGAGGAGAUACGAGGAGGAUGAUGGAGAGAGGGGGAGGCGGCUGAAAAGGAAACUAUUAGAGAAGGAGAAGGACAAAGACAAGCAGAGAUUAAAGAGGACAGACAGAGAAGAGGAGGACCUGGAGAAGAUGGGCAGGGGGAAGAGGAGAGAGAUUCUGUCACAGCAGCGGCGCAAACGGCUCGCCCAGAUGCUGAAAAAACGGCGGCCUUCGACGGACGAUGAGGAUGAGGAAGAGUCAGAUGAAUCGGAGUCGUCAUCGGAAGAGGAUCGUCCAAUCCGCAAAAGACUCAACCGCAUCGACUCUGAUGAUGAUGAAGAGGAAGACGAGGAGGGAAGACAGAAGAUGACGACCAAAAAGUCUUCCGCGGUAGAAAGGAGGGCCGAAAGCGACGCUCAGGAAAAGGGGAGGGGCCGUAGCCUGUCUCCGUCAAACGGACAUCGAACCUCCAGAGGCCCGGCGAAGCCUGGGGCUGGAAGUCCCGCCGUGCCCAGGGACACUGCAGGAUCAGGCAGGCAGGGCAGGGACAAUGGCCCCUUACAUCCAGAGGAGGAGGAAGAUGAGGGGCAGACAGACUCAUUAAACUCUGUCCAGAACAGUCCGCAGUCAUGAUGGCUGUGUUUGUGUGAGUAACGCUCGCUUCUUUGUUUCAGUUUUUUCUUUUAACUGUCAGGCCUUUUUACCCACAAACCACCUUUGAAACUGGAUAUCUCUUUCUCUUCCCCUUCUUACUCUCCUGUCUUGCUCUUCCUCCUCGCUGUUGUAUUGUGGUAGAGUGCUAUCCACCAUCACGUACUGUACGUCACAACAAAAACUCACGAUUACCCAUUCACACUCAUCGUCACCUCUGACAGAACCUAACAGCCAGCCGGCCGGACCAAACGCAUCCUGACACCAGGACUGGCAGCAGUUCAUGUUUCCGUGGACGCACUCACACACAGCCGGAGGUCAUCAUGACCAUUUCCCUGAACUCUUGAGUUACGGACGUCUUUCUGGUGGGUCCAUGUGGCAGGAUGAUAGGGAUUGAAUUGGACACAGGAGUCUAUUUGUAGUGUACCUCAUCCUAAAGCACUUCAUCAUUCUCAUAGCACUUAAUGACCCGCCACCAAGGAGAGUGUCAGUGUCAAACCGAACACUUUGGAUCAUGUGAAUCAAACAAAACUGUUACAAAAUUACAAAAAAAGCAUAGUUUCUCACUUACCUCUAGUGGUAUCUACCCAUGCAGAUAGUUUUGGUUUUAUUUGUCCAGGUUUUGAGAUCUCUGUCUCCACCCCAAUACAAUGGAAGUGAAUGGAAUUGUGUUUGUGGUGCUCAAAAACACACUUUUGGUGUUGUCAUUGUUGUGGUGUUGUUCUAAAAAAUUACCCAGCAGCCUAAGGGUUAAGGCGUAUACCACAUAACCACAACAUUCAGGGUACGACUCCCAGCGGGGGGUCAUACCCCUCUCUGUCCCCAUGUUUCCUGUCUCUCUCUCUCUCUCUCUACACUGACAGUCUGUCGAGUUUUUAAAUUAUCUUUUUACAGUGCAGUGAGCACUACAAACUAAAUAAGGAUUCACCUCCGUUGUGUGCAGAAAUCUCAGACCAAAACCUGCAAAAAUAAAACCAAAACCAUCUGCAUGGUUGGAUAUUAUUAGAGGUAAGUAAGGAAAUGUUUUUUGUAAUUUGGGCGAAUCGACCAUUAAAACAAGGUGUUUCCUGUAAGUAAUCCUGGAUAAGAUCAUGACCCAAAUAACCAAAUAAUGUAAAGUUACACGCAGACUACAGUAAUAAUCAAACUUUUCUAAUUAAGGCGACACACUGACUACUGAAAUUAGUUGGGGCCCAAUUCGGGGGGGGCCUGAGGGACUGGCAUCAAGACUGAACCUGCUCCUCCUCCCCACAUAAAACGGUUCAGCCUCACAGAGAGUGCAACACUAAUGGUGCAUUCGAGUGCUCCUUUUGAACUGGUCAAGUCAAAAAAAUUUCCCUCAAACAGCUGGCAUGACAAACAAUGUCAUUUAGGUAAUGUCUUUAAAGCAGAAAUGCCAAACAUUGUCUGGUUGCAGGUUCUCAGUGGUGAAGCUGCUUUUCUUUGUCUAAUGUGAUAAUAAACUGAAUAUUUAAAAAGCCAUCACCUCAGGAUUUAGGAAAUUGUGUCAGGCAAUUUUCACUAUUUUCUGGCAUUUUAUAGACUAAACAAGUAAUCGAUUAUUCGAGAAAAUAAUCAGCAUGUUAACCAAUAAUGAAAAUAAUCAUUAGUUUCAGUCCUAGUAAAUAUAUUCAUAUAACUUCCAACACCUUGUAAUGAACUUUUUUUUCAGGCUGCUAACAAGCACAAGCGGUGGCGUUUGUAUCUGGCAUUCAUUAUUAACACCCUGCAGGGACUUAACUUUAUUCACAUGAGGACCAACUGAACGCAAAUAUGUGGCAAAGUUGACGAGGAUCGCCUUAACACAUAUUAAAAAAACGAUACUGUUGCUGCAAAGGAUUCAGCAUUUGUGUUUUCCUAAUUUAGGCAGUUAAGUAGUCCAUUUUAACAAUAUUUGGUCUAUAUUAGAUAUAUUUAUAUAUUAAUAUAUUAUGCAGACUUCGGAGUCAUUUCAACUCAGUUUUCCAGUUACCUAAACUGGGCUAAGAUCAUGUAGUUCAAACUUUCUCAAGAUGUAAAGAAAAUACAAAAACAUUAACAGCAACACCUUAAAAUCUAAGUAGCUGUUUAUAAUAAUAAUAAUAAUAAUCCUUAUUCAUAUUACGUUAAGAGCUGAAAGAGGCACACAUUGGACCAUUUUGGAUCCAAGUAACAAUCGGGACGUUCUUUCUGACAGCCAAAGUGUUCGGUUUCAGACUGGUCACUCAUUUGUUCCAUAUGUUCACAAAACCUUAGGUUGGUGGGACCACGUUUGCUGUACAUACUUUGCCUGUACGCUGUUCCUUGUAAGAUAAUAGAUGUUCUGUUCUCUUAGUCCUCUUGUAAAAUAUAGUGUUAUAUUUUCUAUAUGAAGGAGAGGAGGAGAGAUGCUGCUGUGAGUGAUGUGUGGAUCGAUAAGGUUUCAACUGCGAGUUCAUCAACGGUUUGCUUGUUUUGUUUGAGAUUCUGCGGCCGUUGAUUUGUGUGAAAUAAGACCAGCGUGGAGCCCGUUCACCAGGAAAAUGUCCCAGAAUUGUUUCAAAGAGCCGAAUACAGCUCACUUUCAGCUCUGUGUCGUACAACUUUAAAGGUUUUUAACAUUUCGUACCCCUGAAGGGGACCGCGGGAGUUUUUAAGAAGGAACAAAGCUUUAUUUUUUGAUUGAGGCUCAGGUGAGGGAAAUGAACGCUGGUCACCAAUCAAACAACUGGUAACUUUGUUUUCUCUCUCUCUGUAGGGACAUUUACACUUACUCACUUGUUUUAUCUGGUAAAAUACCUAAAGUGGCAGGUGAAUUUUGGGGUUGACUGUGUGGACGAAAGCUGGUCUCUUUGUUGGGCAGAAUGGAAGAAUUCCUUUAACUUCAUACAGUCAAAUCACUGUUUAUGCUUUAAAUGAGUUUUAUCCUGCUGUUCACAUAAACCGAGCUGUUGACGGGAGGAGGCUGGUUUUACUCUGGAUACCAUGUUGUUACUCCCCUUACCUUUGAGUUUCUAAUAAUCCCCCCCCCCGUCAAUGCAGAAAAUUAGACUCAAAAGUUACUGAUCACCUUGCAGGUCUUUCUUUUAUUUCUUUCUGUCUGUAAAAAGUUCCUUUUUAAGAAGCAGAAUUUUGAGCUGAAAUGAAUGAUGUCCAAACUCUGAGCCUGUAUUUGUCAAACUUCUAUUCAUCAAUUAUCAAGCAACUUACUCCUACUUACAGCAAAGUGUAAGAAGAGCAGCUUUCAAAAGGUCACAUCACUGAUCACAUGUAUGAUCAGAGCAGGAAAAGCUGUUUAGGGACAAGGAUUUACCCCACGACUGCCAUGUUGUGAGGAUUCUUUUAAGAAUGAACAUUUUAUCCUCACACAUAACUUUUUCUGCAAAAAAUAUAAUAAAAGUGUGAAAUCCUUAAUAUCUCCACUAGCGAUUAACAACAAUCUAAUAUAUUUAUAAUAUAUGAAUAUAUAGAUAGGGAUAAAAUAAUUGGAAAUGGACUGAAAUGGAAACCAAAAGAAAACCCAACUGGAGCUUCAGAGAAAACGCCUACUAAGGAGAAUUAAGUACCAUGUUGGCAAGUUCAGACAAUAAAAUGCAUUGAAAGUGAAUCAAUAUGAGAUUUAUUCUUGUUGUUUGAACCCCUCAUAAAUGUAAAAAAAAAAAAAGUGGUAUAACUUCCUGUCAAAUGUUCAAAUCACACAUAUUGCUUCAGGUAGUAUUCAUCAUGAUUAUCACAAUUAUAUUUUGGACAAUCACUAAAAACGUGUCUCAGAAGAUGAGCUCUCCUGUGUUUUUGUGCUGCCAUCAUCAAGAAUAAUGAUGAGAAAUGUGAUAAAUAGCUUUUAUCUUCUGUGAGUAGGAGUAGAAGUGAAGGAUUUAUACUUUAAUCUUUCACUUAGGUUCAAAAUGUCACUUUUAGCAGUUUGAUAAAUACGGGUCCAGAUCCGUCUGCAGCUCUGGUUGUGAUCUGAUGAGACGACAGAUCCUGCAGAGAUUCACAUCCGACGUGUAGGAGAGUAUAUUUUAACUUGGUUCCAAACACAGAACAAAAGCUGAGGUCACCAAAAACAUUUCAAGUACGAUUAUAUUUUAAUUGUCCUUCAUUCAAGUUACAAACACAGUUUAAUCUUUAAUCUUAUCACUUUUGAAGUUUUCCAGGUGCAAGAAAUACUUUUGUUUUAAGAAAACAAAAUGCAGUUUUCAUUCUGUCAUUCAGUCUUUUUUUUUUUUUUUUUUUUUUUGUCUUAAGACGUCACAAAACAAAUGGCCAGUAAUUCAUUUGAAAAACAUCCACUUUUAUACUUGGAAGGCAAUUUUGGUGUGAUUCUCUUUUAAGAAGUCAGGUGUGAAACUGUCAGAUAAGAAGUUUGUUUUUCAGCUUUCAUUCCAUUUUAAAAUUGACAUGAACUUUUUAGUGAGUCUGGCAUUUUAUUACUGUUGCCGAUGUGCAAUCUGUAAAAGUCAACAACUCAGAGCGACGUUUCUGCAGCCAUGUGAGUUUACCAGUAAUCUUAUUUAUUAUGGUCUGAAACUUUGUUUAUGACAAAUGUUUGGCAGAAUCCUUUACGAUAACGUUGAUGCACAUACUGUAAUCAUUAAAAAAAGUCGAUGCCAGUCAAACCUCAGAUUAUAUUAGUGGUUUACAUUUAGAUUUGGACACAUUUGAGGAGAAAACUCUGAAAAUGGUCAAAACCAGGUGUUUUUUUUUUUUCAUAAAUGUCAGCGUUAGAAAAAUAACUACUUCUGCUUGGUUUUGGGUCGCAAAUGCAGGAUUUGUGCAGGAGAACUUCUCAGUUUGCCAGAAGCAUCAAAAAAGAUUUAAUUGUUGAAGUGAUAAUUGGGAUUACUGGCUUUGGUACAAGCUUGGUACAUACUGUCCCUGCUCUCUCACAGUCUUUUGGGUUUGUGGCAUUGACUAAAACGACUCCAGAUGGCCGGAGUUCACCGCCGGCUAAAUUACUAAAUGUUCUUCCAGGUACUUUCCUGCGAUUGUUCAGGUGUCCUUUGUGGAAAAAACACCUGUUAGGUAAGAAUAAGAUAAAAUGCUCUUCGGACAGAGUCUCUUUAUCUGGAAAAUGCCCUUAAUGCAGACCUGCAAGGCCAGCAUCUUGAUCAUCACGGCAGUGUUUCUGUAUCAUUUAUGAGCUCAACUCUCAGCACUUGUGAAAAUUAAGAUUGCAGACCCCCUCUGAAGAUUUUCACUUGAGUCAAAAGCAAUACUUUCAGAGUAUUCAGUUUGUUACCCCAGGUUUGUUUUCUCUCAUCAUGGUGGAAAAUCCUCCGACAGCAUUUGGACAUCAAAGAUAGUAAAACCCUCUACUAACUCUUUAAGGCAAGAUGAACCACCCCACCUGUGUUAGCAGUAAAGGGAGAUUAAUGUGUGUUUAUGCCACCAGCCCAAAAUCAUCCCACUGAACUUGGUGUGCAUCUGUGUUUGCCACUGUGGCAGAAUCUGCUGGUUUUAAAAUGUUCAGUCCAACUAAUCUGGAUUCAAACAGGCAUCACUGGAUGUGAGUACGGCUCCUUCCACUUCUCUGUUGUACUGUUACUGUAGUAUCGCUGUAACAUAAAUGUUUUCUAAGUUAUUAAAACCAACAUCCCAGGCAUCUCCUCAAAAA